UCAAUCUCAAUGGUGAAAUAUGGAAGCAGUGCAGUCACCUCUCAGAUUUACUCACGACACCCGUGAUUCAUCCAGAGGAACGACACUUAGACAAAAAGAGCAUUCAGUUCUUCUUUUGGUUUAGAAAGCGAUGUUUAGUCCUGUAAAAUCGUCGUAUUCCAGGGUGAGCCCAUUGAUUGUUAAUCGGGAGCUGGGGAAGACCAAGAUGAGAUAGCAAGAGGUGAAACGCUUUCCUUUCACAGUAAACGAAACUCGGUUCACUAAAGAACAGGAGGUUUGCCAAUAGCUUUACAAGGCAGCCGCGGUCAUGUUUGGAGAUCUGUUUGAGGAGGACGGGGAUGGUUUUUCUUCCUCUACACCUGGCACAGGUGUGAAGGGGAGAGAGUGUGAGCCUCCACCACCCAGAGGGAAAGUCAAACUCUGCGGGAUCAAGAAUCAGGGGGGCACCUGUUACCUCAACUCCCUGAUCCAGACUCUGCUAUUCACACCAGAGUUUAGAGAGGAGCUGUUCCGUCUCGGACCGGAUGAAUUAGGAUGUCUGGCUGACAAGGACAAACCAGAGGCAAAGGCCCGUGUGAUUCCUCUGGAGCUUCAGAGACUGUUUUCUCAUCUGCUGCUGGUGGAUGAACAAACAGCCUCCACGACAGACCUGACCGACAGUUUUGGCUGGACGAACAAUGAGGAAAUGGGUCAGCAGGAUGUGCAGGAGCUGAACCGGAUCCUGUUCAGUGCACUGGAGAGCUCUUUAGUAGGCACUUCAGGCAGCAGUCUCAUACACCGGCUGUACCAUGGGACGCUUGUCAACCAGAUCACCUGCAAGGAGUGUGGCAAUAUCAGUGAGAGACAGGAGGACUUUCUGGACCUGACUGUGUCAGUGCGUGGUGUGAGUGGGCUAGAGGAGGCGCUGUGGAACAUGUUUGUGGAGGAGGAGAUGUUUGAGGGUAAUAAUCUGUACCGCUGCAGCAGAUGUUAUCAGCUGGUUAGGGCCGCUAAGUCUGCUAAACUGAGAAAACUUCCACCAUUCCUGACCAUUUCUUUGUUGAGGUUCAACUUUGACUUUGCCAAGUGUGAGCGCUACAAAGAGACCGGGCGCUACGUUUUCCCUCUUACAUUCAACCUCAGACCAUUUUGUGAGCAGAACAACUGGCCGGACUCAGAGUCUUCGUAUGAGCUCUUCUCUGUCAUCAUACAUAAAGGAGGCUGUUAUGGAGGUCAUUAUCAUGUCUACAUCAAAGACAUCGAUCAGCUCGGCCACUGGGAGGCACCGGAGGAAGAGGUAAAAGUGAAGGCGAAAACCCAGAGACAAGAGGACAAAGUUGGGGAAAAAAAGAAAGAGAGUGAAAAUUCUGUUGACACAGAGGAUCCACUCUCUGUUCUUACAGUCAUUCUGGCUCAGGAGGAGUCAAAAUGUGUGCUUGUAGACCAGCUGGGCCAAAAGCUGAUGAAUAAAACGGGCAUGCCAUGGAGCAAAAAAUAUAAAAAACAGUAUGGCACCAUCAGCAAGGCCAAUAAUGUUAGCAAUGACCAGAUAUCCCUGUAUAGUGCGGGUGUGUCUAAUGGCUCUGAUCUCUUUGUGUGGAAUGGAAGAAAGGUCAGUGGUGUGGCGGUGAAAACUGGCAUGGAAUGGGAGCCUGUUUUGCUCACUGUGUUGCGUCCCUCUGUGGAGGAGCUGGGAUGUGGGGAUGGGUCAGGGGUCGAAGACACUGAUGGAUCCGGUCUGGUGUGUUCCAUGAAGGGCUUUGCUGGUGGGGCCACUCUGGGUACAGUGCUCGAGGCUCUAGGGCCUCAAGAGGCCUUUCUGUGCCAGGAGCAGAGCCGUCCAGGGGCCAAUGGGGGCGGGGCGAGUGGGUGGAGGGUUUUCCCACCUCGAGACAUGCUGAGGACACUAAGAGAGCUGUCUCUGAAGGACGGGGACGCUCUACUGCUACUGCAGCCAGAGGAACUAGACAGCAGUAUCUUCAGCCUCAGCGGUGACAUGGUUACUGUGACAACGCCCUCAGACUGCCGCUGGCUGCAGGUGGAGUUUUGCCCACAGAGUGGAAUGAAGGAGGAAGAGGAGGAGGAGGAGCAGGGGAAGAAAAGGAGUAAAGUCUCAGCUUCAGGGAACAUGCUGCUGGCGGAGGUGAAGGAAAAAGCUCUUGAGGAACUUCGCUUACAGGAUGAGCUCAGUGGUGUUGAAUGUUGUCUGAGGCAAAUGGAUAGAACUGGAAAACAUUUACCUCCAGUGCAUGAGCAUUUGAGUGUUCGGGAUGCAGGGAUCAGGUUGAUGACUUCACUCUACCUGUGUCCCGGACCAGUGCCAACAGCAACACAGUUGUUCUUGUACUUCAUUGUUGGUGUAGUGCCCUCAGUUGGUCAGGAGCUAGAGAUUAUUGUAGAGGAGUCUCUAACCGUCAAAGAGUGCCUUACGGAAAUGCUGCAGAUGGCGAAACUUGACGGUGAGUCAUGGCACUUAAGGAGAGUGGACUGGUGUGAGGAAAUCGGAGAGCCACUUAUGGAUGAGAAUGCAUCUCUGAAAGAAGCAAAGGUCAAUCAUGGGGACACACUGGUGCUGGUGGAGGGGCGACUGCCUCCAAAGGGUUACCUCAAACUGUCUGUGAAGAUGUACAUAGACGCGAUUGACAGCUCCAGCGUUCCAGAGCUGAAUCACACAGAAGAGUCCCUGAGCAUUGAGGGGCUCAUCACAGAGGGGUCUGGAUCAGAGAUGAGAUUCAUUGGUCAUGUGGAGAUAUCAGAGGAGGCUUCACUUGAUGAUCUCAAGACUCAGAUGAUGACUCUACCGGCACUUCAGGAUGUGUGUGUGCCCAGUCCUGCGUUUCUGCGUGUAUGGCUGCUAGAGGACAAGAAACUGUCCAGGAUACUCAGAGGAAACCAGCAGACACUCAGGAAGCUGAAGCUGGGCAAUGGGGCGGAGGUGUGUGUUCAGAGGCUGAUGAACGAGGAGGACCUGGGCCUGAAGGAUUUAUUGCUGAGGGUUCAGAUGGGGGUGCCAGGAGAGAAGGCGUAUUAUCCUUCUGAGGAGUUUUUGUGGGACGCAGGGCGGGACGGCACCCCCAGGGGCCUGUACGCUACUCUGGCCUCCAGGUACGGUCUCACUCCUGACAACCUGCUCCUGGCUAAACACCUGCCUGACAAACACACCUGGAUGCCCAUUUGCAACUGGACUCAACAGGUCUCAAAAAGAAAGAAGAAGAGGAAAGCUGAGAGUCUCCAGGCUGCUCCCUUCUACCUGAAAGAUGGAGAUAUUAUAGGUGUCAAGAAUCUGCUAGUAGACAAUAAUAAAGAAUUCACCAUUCUGGAAGAUGAGAUUGGUCAGCAGAGACUCAGGGAGGAGGCAGCGAAUCACAACACAAGGUGCAUCCUUUUGUUUUGUUUUUAUUGUCACUCUCCAAUAUUACAAGAUAUAGGUUUGUCACCAGCAUCAUGCCAACGGGAGCUUGAGAAAUGGUCUCUGACAAGAGCCGUAUAUCAAAAGCAGGAAUGCUUUCUGACUAUGGUCCGAGACAUAUGUGAAGCUCAGGGAAGACCAGGAUCCCCCAUGUAA